AUUUGUAAAAAUAAACCAAUUCGAAAGUUAAUUCGGACUGAUAGGCCACACCAAUCUUUAUUGCUGAAGAAAAUUUGCAAGUUCUAGCUUCACUAAUAACAACUACGACCAGCUGUGGUGACUGAAUAUUCCAAUAUUCCUGCUAUUGUGCAGGAUCCAUCAAUCUUUAACAAUAACCAUAACAAAACUCUUUGUUGCAGCUAUCAAAAUGAGUGAAGGUGGAAUAAAUUGGUAUACGAUCAUUUAUCCUGCCGUUGCAAUACCGAUCCUCGUUUUGGCUGUAGUACGCUGGAAUAUAUUGAGAAAAAGACAACUGCAACGCGCCCAACAGAUAACACAAAAUUAUAACAAUGGAUUCACUGCCCAAGACUUUGUAGCAGGUAACCCAUUCGAUACAACACAUCAGGCCGCAGUUUAUAAUAUCGAACAAUCGGCGGCAAAUGAUAAUUCUCAAAACACAACUGGUUUUGGCAAUCAACAACCAGCGAAAACGCAUCAGGGAACGUCAUCGAAUGAUCCACCACCACCUUAUGCUGAAGCUACGAAAUACGCAAAGAAAAAGCCAGAGACGCCCGUGGACGAACCCAAAUCGAUGAUCCAAAGUAGACGAUGGUUUUAGACUGAUUUUGAAAUUGACCGGUUCGGAUUUGCUAUUAAAAAUCAUAAUUUUUAAGUGGUGACCACUUCCGAGUUAAAAUGUCGUUGAAAGUGUUGUUGUCGCAAUGUUUAAGCAUAUUGAAUAUAUUGAUAAAGUGAUCCUCUCUAGG